GAGUCCCGUCGUGUUCGGCUUGUUGAAUACGUUUGGCCAGCCGGAGAUUCUUCUUCCCUUCAGCUGUCUCGUAAAUUCCCUCCACCCUGAUUACUCACCCCCCACUCGACAAUUCUGGCCCCAAGCCGCGUUACAGGCUAUAUUGUCUCCUCAUAUUAUUACUAUGUCACACUCAUCUCGCCGUUAGCUUAUAAGACUCCAAAGUUGUCUUUUACUAUCACUAAAUGGCUUCUAACACAACAUCCCUCACUGGAUCGCAACCUAACGCGAAUGUUAACGAUGGCGGAUGGCCUAAACCAGAAGAUGGCACAGUUGAGCGUAGCGUCGGCGGUUCUGAUUGGUCGACGUACACCGAGAACCCUGGGUCGCCUUACCCCUAUUCCGCUGAAACUUCAUUCGAUCUUCCCGUCAACGACGACCUUCUCUACUUCAUAGCUCGUGGCGGCGCCAACAUGGGUCACUUAAACAUCGUGAACUCGAGCGUCGUCAAAGAUACCGCCGAUGUCCUUGUGCACGUGGACUACAAAACUCAGGAGGAUUUAGAUCAUGCUAAUAUCUGCCUAUUGAAGAAAGAGGAGGAAAAUGGAGAAGGCGUUGGUAUCUAUACUCCCGACGACUGGCACCCCAUUCCGAACGACCCACUGCGUUUCACAGCCACAGUGACACUUCCUGCCACCUCUGAUGGCAAACCUUUGAAUAUCAAGAGGUUCGAAAGUACUUCCACUGACUACGUCAAUACAAUUGGGGACAUCAAAGCUUCGGUUUCCUUCGGUGCUCUCACCAUACAGUCUGGUGCAGGCAUUACCUCAGGCUCUGUCUUUGCAGGCGUCGGCACGUUCAACGAUGCUAAGGCUUCUAUCAAGGGCGCAUUCGAUGUCUCCGAAUCGCUCGCGCUCACUGUUGCGAAUGCAGAAAUCAACGCCCAAAUUGGCCUUGUGGCUGGAACUCAAAGUGACAGUUCUACCACUGAUGCAGCCUCUGGCGGUGACUUCAAAGUGUCUGCUACUGCCAGCAGGGGACCCAUCACCCUUGUCUACACGAGCUCGCCUGUCAACUCUAUUCAAAGCCUUGUAGCGUCUACCGUGAAUGCGCCCGUGAAAGUGACGCUGAACAACGCCUACGAAGGUGCUUUCACUGUUGACUCAUCUUCUGCCCCGGUGCAUGUCAACAAAGGUAGUACCUCAGACCCUUCGGGGCAAGGCAGAACGCGUGUUGUGGAUCAGAAAUCUGGGGGCAUGGACCAUAUCACAGGUUCAGCGUAUUGGCAGCCCAAUAGCGGACCGGGAGUUACUCAAGGCACUGUCCAAAUCACCACGACUAGGGCACCCAUCACCCUUGUCGUUUGAAGUGGAUGGUAAUUUCUGGCUAGGUUGCGAAGUGAUUUGUAUUCAAAGUAGCUUUUUGUUUGUUUUAUCAUCUUGCCCUUGUUGUACUACUAUUGUUGUAACGAAACGUUUUGAAAGUG